AUGGGUUCGAUCGUGUUUCACACACAAAGCAACAAGAGGAAGAACAGGGUCAAUUCGGAGAGGCUUUUCGAAUUUGAGAAUUUCGCAGUCCCGGAUUCCAUGAACAAGACUCUGUCCGGAGCCUUCAGAGAUAACAUUCGGAUUUUUCUUCAGAACUUUGCCGAAAUUGAAGACUACACCGUUAAUGAAAUGCCCGUGUGGUGUACUUCGCUCUUCUCUGAGAACGUAGGCGUUUUCCCGCUCUACACUAUGGAAGAAACCGUUCGAAAUUCUCUUGAUCCUUUGUGCCAUCAUUGUGAUUUAUCAGGAUGGGGUCACCAUUUUAUUUGCAAGAGAAAGUACCAUUUGAUCAUUCCUGCGAAAGAGAAUUGGAAUGAGCCAUUGGACGAGGAUUUUGCUGAAAUUCAGAGCCAUAAUUUGUAUGGCUUGAUUCACUGUAACGGAUAUGGGCAUCUCAUCCGCAUUAAUGGUUUGAAAAACAAGUCAAGAUUCUUCGCUGCUGAUGAUAGCAUGGAAUUCUGGGACCGUCUUUGCACAGUUCUUAGAACGAGGAAGAUUUCAGCUCUUCAUGUUGCAAGAAGAGAAGCAGUUCGGCUUAGUUUGAUCCACGGUGUAGCUUACGGAGAGCCAUGGUUUGAGAAAUGGGGCUAUAAAUUUAGUGGUGGAGUCCCUGGAAUCGCAGAGCAAUUUAAUUCAGCAAUCCUGUUUCUGAGCUCAUUACGCCUUGAUACAAUAAUCAGUGAUUUAAAGAACAAGAGCCAUGUAAGGAGGAUCAGAGAAAUGAUAGAAAUGUACAGAAAAUUGAGUGAUAAACCCCUGAUCACCAUUAGUGACUUGUUGAACUUCAUGCUGGCUUUUGAAUCAAGAAUUCCAACGGGUAUUUCUAAUGCAUGCAGCUUUGAUUCGGGAACAGGGGAAACUCCAAUGGGACUUGAGACGUUUGUGGAUAUAAUGACAAAGGACUGCAGAUGGUCUGCUAGGAGGCUGGAGGAAGUGCUCUUUGUGAUCAUUGAUCAGUUAAAGAAGCACAAGGCAAAUAACCUUGAAAGAGAAUGCAGUAUAUCUAGGCAAGAACUGAGAGACGAGGCAAGAAAAUCAAUUGGAGAUACUGGUUUGAUUGAUUUUGUGCUGAAAUCUAUCAAAUGUUUUGCAGUGGAUAAUCAAAUUGUUCGUCGUGCAAUAAAUCCCUUCUCCAGAUUAGCUGAGUUCAGCAUUCAUGAAACUCAGCCAGGAACGUGUAUUGAGCUACGCUUUGAUUUAUCACAGGAUGUGCGUUUUCUUUGUGAUAAUGUGCUAGCAGGGUAUUCCGAGACUCGGUUAGUGUUGUGCUCAAAUUCAUUCGUAAAAGAGUGGCCCGUUAAAGGGGAAACUACUAACCAAAUGAAGUUGACAUGUAAGGUUUUACCAACUUUUGAUGAGUUGGAGACACAGUUCACAAGGCCAUCGUCGCCGGGUGAGAUUGUGGUAGUCGAGCCAUGGAUCACUAUUGGCGACCUUAAAAUGGUGGCACAGUGGGCCAUGAGGGAUACUUACUGUAUUAUGGAUGAAUUCGUGGUGAGCCAAAUAGGAGGGUUGAGGAAAAUUGACGACGAAAAGGUGGUACGCAGCAUGGUGGAUGAUGGUGCCCAAGUUUGGGUGAGAGGGUAUGGGCUGGACUGGUCUACAUCCCUCAAAUACGAGGAUGGGUCCUGGCCGGAAAUGCAGGGAAUGAGCUUUGGCGCGUUUUGUAGCAUAAUAGAACAAAUAUGAACGAUGGCGAUGGUGAUAAGACCUCUGCUUUAGCACUCACAGUUAUUAUGAUGGAACGAUGAAGUUUGUGGAACCUUUCAGCAUGUAAGUAAAAUUUUGUAGGUGCACAUGAAGAUGUUGGGUGUUCAAAGUUGUAUGUAAAGGUAA